GUCUGGUGUUUUGCCGACACAACUCGUGACAGUCUCUAUUUACCACAAGCCAAACCUCAAAGAGAAAAACGGACUCGGCUGUUGUUCAUGGGGCCUGAAGACCUCGUGAAGAAGCUGAACAUGCCUUUUCGGAGACAACCGUUCCGUUAAAUCUCCUGUGAAGAAGAAGCGUCAUCAUGUGGAGAGUUCACGGUUUCGUCGGGAGAGCCUCCCUGUGCUCCUCAGUCCUGCAUCGUUGCCAUGGCAGCGUCCCCCUGCGGCUAACACAGAGCCACCAUGUGGAGGACGAGGUCAUCAACAGUUCGACUCUCCUCUCAACGUCCCGGCACUCCUCUGACAGCAGCUCUCAGAGAGAAGAGGAUGGAGAGGGGAGGAAGAAACAGAGGACCUUUCAGUUUGGUUAUGCCGGGAUUCCUCGUUACACAGCUCUGGAUGCUGUGGGAUGGGGAGCUGCAGCGGUUCUCUUCAUGCAGAUCUGCAGGAGGAUCCACUCUAAGUUUUCCUCGGGCACUGAGCUGAGUCCAAGCCCUGGGUCCUUAACAGCACCCUCCAGCCUGCACAAGUGUGGCUACCGCAUCCUUAUGGAGACCUUGUCUAGGCGGGAUGUCCUGCCCAGAGGAAGGAGAGUCUCAUGCCUGCCAGAGAGACAGAUUCAGGAUCAGUCUGCAACUCAAAACAGCAGUAGUUCAGGAGAUGCGAGUGUUUACAGCAGCAGUGAGCAGGAGCAUCUGACUGCUGACUGUUCCAGCUCUGACCAACAGAGGGUGCUCUUAAACCAGGAAUCUCUUACACCAGAAGAACCCUGUCCUCUGCAGAAUAAUGCCAGGCAAAAUGACACCGAGACACGAGAUGCAAACGACAAGGCAGUGUUGUCUGAUGAGGAGAAGCUGACAGGAGCAGCACUGAACUUCAGACAUGUAGGAGACACCAGUAUUCCUGUCAUCCUAAACAUCAUGGGUCUAGAGAGCGCCAAAAGUGGCAACUACGAACAAGCUUUCAUAUGUUUUUUGGCUGCUGCUCGACACGGUUACAACAAGGCCCAGUUCAACACAGGUGUGUGUUAUGAGAAAGGAAGAGGAGUCGCCAAGGACAAAGAGAAGGCUCUUCAUUACUACCAGCAGGCUGCAGCAGGGGGUCACAAGCAGGCUCAGUACCGCUAUGCAAAACUGCUCCUUACCAGCAGAGGGCACCAGAGUUUAGAGGAACUGAACAAGGCCAUCAAGUUGCUGGAACAGGCUGCUGCAGACGGACUCACCAAGGCUCAAAUCUGCUUGGCCUCCGUUUACUCUCAGGAGCCUGUAAGAGACGGGAGCAAGUCUGUGCAGUACCUGAAGAUGGCAGCAGAGAGUGGGGACAACAAUGCCCUGCUCCUCCUUGGUCAGUGUUUUGAGAGUGGCUUUGGGGUGCAGCAAAAUCUGAAGACAGCGGUGGAAUACUACAAGCGAGCAGCUCGAGCGGGCAACAAGCAGGCUAAGAGCAUACUGACAUCUCCUACUGACACAGAGAGUAAGGCAGAAGAUGUGGUGUUGCGCUCCAUCCGCUCAGCUCCAUGUUUCUCUGUGACAGAUCAUCGACUGCAGAAGCCUCUUGCUGCUCUAGCCAGUUGUGCUUCCCUCUCUACCCGUCACACAGUUGCUGCUUCUGUCCUGCCUCACUCCUGGAGCACUGGGAGUCUUUGUGCCCCCACAGCGUUUUCCACCACGACUCUACACCUUCACACUAACAGCAGUGUGGGAGGGGCCUGCCAGUGGACUGUAGGGAUAGGAUAGUGCUCUCUUGAGUGAGAGGGUCAGACUAAGGAAUGUAUUUUGAUAGUGUUUAUGUGAAGUUCUGAGAGGAGAAAGGUCAAAGAGGAUGUUUACAACUUGCAUUAACAUCCAUCCUGGGUGAUCUGAUUGAAAGCAGAUAGCACUUAUUAGUGGGCAUUUACUUUUUGUAUUUUUAAUGCAUCUUCAUUAAGCCCUGGAGAUCAGAGCUAACUUCCAUGCCUAAACAUGCAGUCAGCACCUACCUGUUUGAAAAGACUAAAUGCAUCAUCAUUUACACCCAGAGCAAGGUGUUCCUCCUGUUGAGUGGCAUUGUCUUGCCCAGGACACGAGUGUACCAGGCUAAUUUGGUUAAAUAAAUGGGUGCAAGACCGUCUCCAAUCAAUCAAAUCUCAGUCCAUCCACAGAACACAUUGAGGUGUUAGCAUUAAGGCUUACGUCUUGUUAUCAGAUCACUCUUGAAGGGUCUUCAUGCAGGGUGUAAACAGCCUUAGAGAUGUGUAUAUGAUGUGAAAUGUGGAUUAGAGUAGAUUUUAUAUGUUGCCUGUGCCUGACUGUGAGUGUAGAACUGAAUAUGUUGUUCAUUUUUAUGUCUGAAAGAGUUGUUGGAUUCAAAUUCAUAUUAUUUCAAGGUAAUACAACCUAAGCUUUUCUGUUUUA